GUUUCUGAAAGCAGGAACGGAGCUUACUAAACGAGAGAACGACGACGUUUGCAGUUUACUAUUGUGCUUGCUUUUUGUCUUCCGAGUGUUUUGUUGUGUUUUUUUUUAUGAACAGAAAUUUUUUUAGUGGUAUGGCUGUUGACCAAGAAUCAAGCACAGAGUCACUCCAACAUAUUCCUGAAGCUAAACCUCUAGUGAUGUCAUCUCAAGUUGAGAAAAGUGGAACAGCCUAUUGUUCUCGUGUCUGAUUAACAGAUGAUGCACGAGGAGAAAGAUGUGAUAUUUCUUGUGUUUCCUUUCCUUGCAUGGAGGAAGCGUUCUUAUCCAGUUUAAGAGAUUUUCAACCUGAGCUUUGUGGUACAACAGCUUAACGAGCAUUACAGGAUUGUGUUCAAGAAACAGUGGUGACAGUAGCAUUUACGGUGCGAAGCUAGAUGCAGGGGGCAGUGAUUUUGCCUAAGGGUUUCCAAGUUGAUGAUCAAAUAAAGGCGCCUGAACUACUCUCGUUAUUAUUUUCUGAAAUUACUUGAACUUCAACUUUCUGGUAAGAAAGCGAUCGAUGCGGCGGAUCUACUCGACUCAAGAAGGUGGCAAUUGCACCCACAAAAUUUCCAAAUUCUUUAUAAUUUAACCCAAAAUUUAGCUAUUUUCCCUUAUUAAACUUCAUGUUUUAGCCUUUAUAUAUGAUUUGUACCCCUAUUAAAAAAAUCUUACAUCCGCCCGGACUGCUUUUUGAAAUGGCUUGAGAGGUCAAAAGUUGAAUAAGCUGAGUACAGAGACUAGAGUUUGUUCUAAGGUCGUAGCUGGUUAUGUCUAUUUGGUAAAGAAUGUUUCAUUCAAAGUACAAAUCGUACAAACUUUAUUUCGGAGCUUGAAGGUCCUCUGGUUAUGUCCAUUUGGUAAAGAAUGUUUCAUUCAAAGUAUAAAUCGUACAAAUUUAAGAUCAGAGUUAGCCCAUUAAGAAGACUAGGUGCUGAGACCCCGCGCAAGCGCGGAGCUGCUUACUUUGAAUAUCGGUGGGGUGGUAUGAUUUACGGGAUGUUGGUGUUGUUUAAGAUUUAUGCAAAUUAAAGAAUAAAAUUUAUCGGAAGUAAGACAACAAAAUUGAUCCUAGCUUUUGACGAUUAACUUAAGUUAGAGACAUCUCCAAAAACGGAAGGAAAAUUCAAAAAGUAUAAUUAAGGUAAAAUAUAGAGAAUGUAAAAAAGGCCUAAACAUGAAACAGCGGAACAACGAAAAUGGAAAGAGAAGAAGAUGAAGAAGCUUACGUCAGGUAUAUGAAAUUAAAAAGACAGAUAUUGUGACAGCGUAACACCAACUUAUUUGGGGGUCCAUAUCAAGUUAUCAACUCUGUAUAUAUCCGUUGUUUGAAUAAAUACUCGAAAUAUCAAACUACUUGCAUUACAAAAUAUUUUAUUUUUUCAAAAUACAUUGUUUGCUAGUACUUGGUAGGGAGCUCAAGGACCGUAGUAGCAUAUAUUAAAGCUACACUAAUCUUCAUCGCUAUGAUCACACAUUGUCUACAUCCUCAACGUUAGGAUAUUCCAAGUAACACUUCUCCUCGUCUUCCUCGUCACGGGUUCCAUCUUCAUCUUGUAAACUCCAAGUAACCAUCUUCCAAAACGCAGCACUCCACUUCUCUUCCCUCUUCAGGCUUAGCGGUGGUAUGUGACAAAAUCCAGCCGUUGGAUUGAAACAGAGCUCUUAUAUUGGCUUUGUGGUUCAUAAGAGUUUCAAGAAUGGUGAAAGUGGAAGCAUCGUGGCGAGUGGCUCUCCUUCUAAGGAGAUCUGCCCCCUGUAUGAAAUAGUUUAACAAAACAUAAAGAUUAAAAUAGUUUAACAAAACAUAAACGAAAGUUGACGUUUUUACAUUAUGAAAAAGUAAUUGUGGGUUUAAAAUGUUUGGGUUCAAAUUAUGUUGGGCUCUAUGUCUAAAACAUGAUUUGAACUUAAAAACUGAAAAUAAAAAAAACGUUAGGUUAUCUUUCUUUCUUUUUCUCCGUCGUCGGGACAGCAUCACUUGUGGGAUCCCUGGCAUGAUUAGAGCUUAAGUUUGUGAGAUUGGGGAGCGAUAAUAGUGUGAUGCAUUAUUGAAGAGGAUUUUACUUCAAUCAGUUAGGCUUCGUCCGCAUCGUUCCAUUGUCGUUGGUCCUCGGGUGCUUCGUCGUCGUCGGAAUCUGCAAAAGAAAAGGUUUUAAUUUGUUAAGUAAGGUGUCUUUUAUUUCUUUUAGAUUCGGUUGCUAAAAACAUAAUUCAUUCAGUUUUCCUGUUUUGUUUGGAGAUUGCAGGGAUGAAACUGUAGAUCACAGAAUCUUGUAAGAAAAACAGAGAAAAAUCAUUAGUUGUUCAUAAAAAAACCUAUAGACAAAACCAAAACAAAAAGAUGAAGACACGUUUCAUAUAUGAACAAAGAAUAAGCAAAGCAGAGUUAAAGUGAUAAAAAAUAAGUUAGAAACAAUCAUCACCAGUUCAUCAAGGAGGAGAAUGGUGAUGCCCAUAAACUCUCCAUUCUUGUUAAUGUUCCUGAAAUCCUAGAAUCGGAUGAGCCGACCAACAAUGGACUUAGUGGACCUUCCAAGGCGGAGAGAGUUGAAGGUGGAGUAGGGAACGGCGGCUGAAGCGGCUGAAGCGGCUGGAGCAGCUGGAUAAAUCAUUUUCGUGACACAUAUGAGAAAGUAAAGCUAUCGGAAAACUGAGAAAAAAAAAGUUUGAGACAAGAUGGAGCUUUUACCUCGAGGGAUUCUAUAUAUAUGAGAGCUCUGAAGGCGUUAGAGGAGAAACUAAACGUUUGGUAGGCGCAAAACGUGCGUAGAGCUUUAAAGAUCGACCAUAAUAGCUGAUUGCCGGAAGGAGAAUCACAAGCGACGAAGGAGAUGGUGAAGAUGGCGGCUUCCCUAAUCUUCUUAGCUUUGUCCGUAUCACCACUUUGGACAGAUACAAAGCUUAAUAAACAGAAAAUCAAUAAGCCCAAAGUCCACUUUUUGUCGAUGUCCAUUCGUUACCCAUCAAUUAAAAAAAAAAGAGGUGGAGUCCACAAUGUUAUAUUAGUUUUCGACCUUUAUAAUAUAUAUUAGUUUUGACCAUCAAUGUACAAAGUAUCCUUUAGUGCAAUGGUAUAGUUGUGGGUGCUUAUAUCUCAAUAACCCGGGUUCAAGUCACAUAUUUGACAUUUUUUUACAUUUUUAAAAAGUGGGAUCCACAGACCGAUGAUGUGUCGCAUCAGGAGGAGAGAAACUCUCCUAUUAUAUAAUAGAUUCGGCCCAAAUAAAUAUUUCGGUUCGAUUCGAUUCUUCGUCGGGUUUUUUGCCCAGCCCUAGGUUGGAUAUUCAUUUAUUUCUCGACAUUUCUCUUUUAGUGAGACUUCCUUAGUUCCUUGUAUGAUUUGAUUCUUUCAUGUAGCUUGUCUUAAUGGGUCUUCCAGCACAUGUGUCUUUUUGUUUUUGUUUUUGUUUUUGUUUUUGUUUUUGUUUUUCAUCACCUCUUGGUUUGUUCGUUGAUUCUCAUUUAAGCUUCAUAUUAAAGAUGAUACCUCUGACGAGAUCUCUCAAACAAUAAACUGAUGUUUUGACAAACAAAUAUUUUCAUACAUUGCAUUACCUUUACAUAUUUGUGUGGAUUUUCUCGUGGAUCAAUAAAAAAAUCAUAUCAAUAGAGAAUGUAUAACCCCAAUUAUUUUAUUUUUCUCUGUUUUUUUGGGACAAAGAUGUAUCCAAUUUAGAUAAUGUUGAGUUUUAUACAAGUAAGCAAAAAGUUAAAAAAGGAAAUUUAAGAAAUAUUAUAUGAAUGAGAUUUUAUAAACUGACGAGAUUCCUCAAACAAUAAAAUAAACUGAUGUUUUGUCAAAAAAUAUUUUCAUACACACUAAUUGCAUUACAUUUACAUUUGUGUGGAUUUUCUCGUGGAUCAAUAAAAAAUAUAUCAAUAGAGAAAACUGUAUAUAACCUCAAUUAUUAUAUUUUUCUUUUGAACAAACCCCAAUAAUUUUCUUUUUUUUUUAGGGGGGGGGGGGGGGGGGGGAGAGGAUAAAGAUAUAUUUCUAAUUUAGAUAAUGAUAAGUUUAUACAAAUAAGCAAAAAGUUAAAAAGGAAAUUUAAGAAAUAUUAUGUGAAUGAGAUUUUAUAAACUUAUACUUUUAUGAAGAUUAGGGUUUUCUUCUUCGUGCAGUUCAUCAUCCCCUUUGUUUUUUUUGGUGCAAAUAUCAUCCCCUUUGUUCUCAGAAAACUUAAAAAAAUGCCUCGCAUAGACAGGAUCAGUGCGUUGCAUGACGAUUUGCUGGUGAAUAUAUUGUCUCAAGUCCCGACAAAAGAUGCUGUGACAACCAUGGUUUUGUCCAAAAGAUGGGCUUUGGUCUGGACGAUGGUGCCUAAACUUGAAUACGAGGAUACAAGCAAAGAAGGGGGAAAGAACCUUUGGCGCUUAGUUGACAAGUCUUUGCAACUCCACAAAGCACCUGUACUAGAAAGCAUGCAUAUUCAAGCUGAACGCCAGUUUACGGACGAUGCAGAUGUUGGAAAGUGCGUCUCAUACGCUGUUGACCACAACGUUCGAGAGAUAUCUCUUAUUAUACCAUCCCUUAUUUUACCAUCUCAACCAAAGAUCCUGCUGCUACCAUCGAACUUUUACACCUCCAAAACGCUAGUGAAUCUGACUCUAUCAUGUAGUGCUCUCGUCGUUGAUGUUCCUUCCCUAGCUUGCUUUCCUUUGCUUCAGACGCUGGCCCUUCUCGAUGUUGUGUUUAAUGAUGAAAGCUCUCAUGCUAGGCUUCUAGCGAAUUGCCCUGCGCUCAGUUAUUUGCAUGUGAACCGAUACUAUAGUGACAAUGUGACAAGGUUCAUUGUGGAAGUUCCUUCUUUAAAGAGUUUUACAUACACGGACAAUCACGAAAGAUAUUCUGCUACGCCCUUGGUUUUAGACUCCCCUAGAUUACAACACCUUAGUAUAUUUGAUUAUGGAGACCUUGGCUCGAUCCAGAACAUGCCUCACCUUGAAACGGCUUAUGUUGGUCACUUGGUUCUUCAGCCAAAUGACAAGUUUCUGAGAUCUUUUUCUUCUGUCGGGAGUCUCCAUUUGAGAUUGAUGGAGGUUGAAUGUUUUAGCACCAUUAAUUUCCCUCGGCUCAUGAAGUUUAAGCUGCAUCUUUUUAAACCAAGUUUCUCAGAGUUAAGGCCAGGUUACUCAGAGUACUGUUCAUUAGAACCACUUAUGCUUUUCCUACAUAACUCCCCUAUACUAAAAGUUCUUACGAUCAGCUACGUAAGUAACUUCCUCCCUAUCCAUGAAACACUUACUUUAUAAUAAAAUUAGUUUAUUAUUCUUCCUUGUUGAUUUUCAGGGUGUGGGUCUUUACUACGAGGACCUCCCACUUUCGUGGAACCAACAAAGUUCUGUACCGGGAUGCUUGUUGGCCCAUCUCGAAAUCUUUGUGUGGGAUAAGUUUGGGGGAAGAAGAAGACAAGAGAGAGAAUGUGUGGAAUACAUCCUUGCAAACUCAAAGUGUUUAAAGACGGCCACAGUCCUUCCAGGAUGUUACUAC